AAUGAUGGAAGACACAAAAGUGAAAGAAGAGCCUGAGAUCAGUCCCCCAUUGGGCUGCAAGAGGAAACUGGCCAUGUCAAGGUGUGAAACUUGUGGUACAGAAGAAGCAAAGUACAGAUGUCCACGUUGUAUGCGAUACUCCUGCAGUUUGCCCUGUGUAAAGAAACACAAAGCAGAACUGACCUGUAAUGGAGUUCGAAAUAAAACUGCUUUUGUUUCAAUACAACA